AUGGACCCCAUAGCUAAGUACUUGGUUCUAUCAUUGCCAACGUCGGCAAAUGCCCAUGAGUGGCUCGAGAAGUCAUUAAAUGGCGGCAAUUGUCCUGUAGCAAACUUUAAUGUGCCAGAUUUUCAGGUGGGCACAUUGGACUCGUUGGUUCAGGAGAGUGAAGAUCUCUCUAAGUUGGACCAGCAGCUUGCCGGUUCGAUUUCCAAGGUGGUGGAUAUCUUGAGUGCCGUUUCGGAGCCGGGAGCAGCAAGAUUUGUCAAUGGAACUCCGGUUUUGCGUUAUGUUGAAUCGUUUUCUUGGAAUACCUCCAAAUAUCGGGUAGAUAAAUCCAUUGGAGAUUUGAUAAAACUCAUAAGCAACGAAGCUAUUUCCUUGGAUGGUGACGUGCGGUCAACUUACCAGCAAUAUCAGACGGCAAAAUCCAAUUUUCUCGCGGCUGAUCGUAAGAGAAAUGGAGAUUUGUCCAUCAAAUCAUUGCACGAAAUUGUUCGUCCCGAGCAAUUUGUAACCGAUUCCGAACACUUGACCACCAUAUUAGUGGCAGUACCCAAAAGCCAAAAGCUGGACUUUGAACUGUCAUACGAAACUUUGGUCCAGUUCGUCAUUCCUCGUUCAGCAGAAGUUAUAGCUCAGGACCUGGAAUUCAACUUGUACACCGUCACCCUCUUCAAAAAGUAUGCCAAUGAAUUCGUUACCAAGUGCAGAGAAAAGAAAUGGAGUCCUCGUACCGAUUUUGAGUAUUCCGAAGAUAAACUUAAUGAUAUGCGUAAAGAGUUUGAUUUGACAAGAGCAACAGAACUGAGGUCCAAAAAUGAUUUACUCCGGUUGGUGAAAACGGCAUACUCCGAUAUCUUUGCCGCUUGGUUCCACAUUAAGGCCAUUCGUGUCUACGUCGAGUCGGUCCUUCGCUAUGGACUUCCACCUCAAUUCGACUGUACAUUGGUCAAAUUCGAGCGUUCCAACUUGAAAAACAUUUCCAAAGCUCGGAAGGAGUUGGUGGCCAAGUUUGGGUAUCUUGGAGGUGAUGGGUUCUCAGGAAAGAGUAAUUUGAACGAGUAUGCAUCAUUGGUGGACACCGAGUACGAACCGUUCGUUAUGUACGAAGUAGAGAUAAUUUAG